GUAAACACCAGUCCAGACAGAUUAUUUUUUAUUUAUCUGAUCAUCCUGAUCGGUGUGAGUCAGUGUCACAGGAGUUCAAAGUGCUGACUAAACAUAAGAGCUCAAAAAAAUUGUUUUUGUUUUUAUCCCAUGCCUCUGAGGACUCUGCUGGCUGCAGGAAGUGAAUUAUUGUUUUAUCAAAGCUGACAGAGGUGAAGAGCCAGUGCAUCAUGAACCAACACCACCAACGGGACGAAUGAAUAAAAAUACAACAAGGAUUUAUUCUGGAAACUUUCACAUGGACCAGUACUUCUCAAAUAGUAGAGUGCCGGGGGGAUGGGGGAUGGGGGGCUUCCAAUCAAAUAUGGCACCCUGGACAUAAGUGUACUGUACCACUGCUGUAAUGCUUGAAUGAUAACAAGCCUCCAGUCACUAGGUGGCAGCAACUCAUACAGUGGUUUGUGCAGAUGAAAAUAUACAUGUUAUUAGGUUCUCAACAGUAUUUCAAUUAGCACGGGAUUCUUUAAACUCAUACCUUCUGAUUUCCAGAAUCUGACAUCAUUGUAUUUACUAAAAACAAGUUGACACAGAUUUACACUCCACACUCAACCACAAAAUAUUUUAUCGUCUUUUGUUCCCUCCUGUACCGGGGCUGCACCAAAAAAACUUAAUAUGAGAGAUGAGAUUGAUCUAGAUACAAAGGUGGACUCUGAUUGGUCAAAAUCAGGACUCCUAAGGAUUGUCCAAGAUUGUCUGCUUACUGUAUGUGCAUGUCAUGUGUUUAUUGUAUUCAUAUUAAAUACCCCAGGUAACGCUCUUCACUGCACGUCACUGAAUAGUUGUCAUGUUCUGACGUGUGUCCUAUAUGUUAGGACCUGAAUUGUGCAUUACAUGUGACUUCACCAGAAUGUCCCUAAAAAAAACUUUCAAAAUCUUAGCUAAAAAAAACUCCAAGGUUAAAAAUGUUUGGUUACAUUUUUCUGUAAGAAUUUGAUCAAGUACAGACUGGAGUCUUCACUUGCCCAAUAUUACCCCCACCCCUAUUUGCCUCUCUCACUCCUCUUCUUCUCUCCUUCUGUCAUAAAGCACCUCCUCUCCUCCCUCUGCUCAGUCAGUCGGCAGCUCUCACCUGGACUUUACCUCUGCCUCCUGACACACGGACAAACGGAAUCCUCCACUCAUGACUCGGGUUUCCUCUCCUGGGUUUGUGCUGCUGCUGUUUUUGGUCCAGGUGGUGGUUGUGGUGAGGACCAGGGCAGGAGCCAGUCUGGUGAGAACAAAAAGAGAGUGGGUCAUUCCCCCGAAGACUCUGAUAGAAAAUAAAGACUACACUAAUGAGGAAUAUGUGGCCAGGAUUCGAUCAGACAAUGAAAAAGAUGAUAGAAUUCACUACUCCCUGGAAGGCGUCGGCGCGAGCAAGUAUCCCUUCAAUGUGUUUAUCGUCGACCCGAUCACUGGGUACAUUCGCCUGACCAAAAAGCUGGACAGGGAGGAGAUCAGUCACUACAACAUGUCGGGGGUGGCUACGUACACCGACGGCACACACGCAGAGAGAAAAAUUGACAUACGGAUCAAGGUACUGGACGAGAACGACAAUCCGCCGGUGUUUGCAAAAUCUCAGCAAGGAAGCGUAAAGGAGCUCAGUCCAGCUGGGACUUCGGUCAUGAAAAUCAUCGCUACAGAUGCUGAUGAACCCGGUAAUGUCAAUUCAAAGAUCUUCUACAGCUUGGUCAGUCAGAGACCUUCUGACGACUUGUUCCAAGUGGCCGGUGACGGAACCCUGUACGUCAAACAGCCCUUCCUGGACAGAGAGAAAACAGAUGAAUACACAUUGAUCGUGAAAGGCCAGGACUUGGACGGAAAACCUGGAGGAAAUACUGCAACCUCCACCGUGACUGUUAAAGUCCAGGAUGUGAACGACAAUCUUCCGACUUUGGAAAAAGAAGGGUAUGAGGGCGAUAUACAGGAGAACACGCAGAAUGUGGAGGUCAUGAGAAUCAAAGCCCAGGAUCUGGACCUGGAGGCCACGGAUAACUGGGAGGCUGUGUUUGAUAUUGUGAAAGGAAACGAGGCCGGUUACUUCAGUAUCUCCACAGACCCCGUCACCAACGAGGGCAUACUCAUGCUCGACAAGGCUGUAAAUUAUGAAGACGUAAAGGACCUUCAACUAGGACUCAUUGUGAAAAACAAGGCUCCGAUGUUUGAUGGAUCCACUGGAACAGGGGCUGGUAUUAGUUUUGGAGGUGGAUCAGGUGGCGGAGGAGGAGGAGGAGGUGGAGGAGGAGGUGCAGGCAGUGGCGGCGGUGGAGGUGGUGGAGGAGGUGCAGGAAGCUAUUCAAGUACAGACAUCACCAGAUACAAAACCUACCCCAUCAAGAUUAAUGUGAAGAAUGUCCCUGAGGGCCCCAGCUUUUCUCCUAAAAUCAAAGCUAUCCCCAUCUCUGAGGGAGAAACCACCAUUAACAUCAACGAUGUCAUCGCUCAUUAUCCCGCAAUCGAUGAAGACACUGGAAAACCUGCUGAAAAUGUCAAGUAUGCCAAGGGUCUUGAUCCGGACAACUGGCUAACCAUCGACCCACUGACCGCAGAGAUCAAACUGAACAAGAUGCCUGACCGAGAAUCUCCGUACCUGGUCAAUGGGACGUACAUUGCCAAAGUCCUUUGUAUUACAGACGACUUGGCUGGGAAAACAGUCACUGGCACAGUCGCCAUUCAGGUGGAAGACUUUAAUGACCAUUGCCCCACACUGAGCAGUGAGCUGAAGACCAUGUGCACCCCCCAGGAUCAUGUCACUGUGACUGCUACAGAUGAGGACGCAUCUCCUAAUGGGGCUCCUUUCGACUUUGAAAUAAUCCCAGAAGGCACGCAGGGAAAGUGGCGGACGGAACAUAAUAACGAUACGUCUGCCAUCCUGAGGCUCAUGGAGAACAUGUGGCCUGGACUCUAUGAAGUGGAAGUUCUGGUGCAGGACCAGCAGGGAAAGGCCUGUCCUGACCCGCAGAAAGUUAAAGUCCAAGUCUGUACAUGUGAGGACGGAAUCAGGUGUGGAAAACUGGGAACCAAAGGUCAGCCCAGUAAGGGGGCGGAGCUGGGUCCUGCAGCCAUCGGGCUGCUGUUUUUGGGCCUUCUGCUGUUGGCACUCAUCCCUCUGUUACUGCUCCUUUGCCAAUGUGGUGGAGCCGGGGGUCUGCCGGGUGGGUUUGCAGAGAUGCCUUUUGACACAAAAUCACACCUCAUUAACUACCACACAGAAGGCCAGGGAGAGAACACGGAAAUGCCACUGAUGAACAUUCCUACUCAGAUGGAUGGUGAUAUGAUGGUAGAUGCCAACACUUCAGGAAUGGGGCAAGCUUUGGGUUUCCAGAAAUCCGUGACCUCCAUGGAUGGGAUGAACAGAUAUGUCUAUCAAGAUGGAUUAGCAGCACAUAACCUACGAGAAGACUCAUGGGGCAUGAUGAACCAGGGUGGAGGUGGAGGUGGUGCUAUUUAUUCUGCGUAUGAAGGUCGUGACUCAGCAGUGGGAUUUGGAGGAGGUGGAAUCUUUGAUGGUAUGGCUCUGCCAGACAUGUUCCUGAAACAGUAUUACACUCAGAAAAUGGCCAAUGGAGGUGAGAACCUCGCAGUGAAGGACAAUCUGUUGGUUUAUGACUACGAAGGACAGGGUUCCACUGCUGGCUCAGUGGGCUGCUGCAGCCUCUUGGAGUCAGAAAAUGAUCUGCAAUUUCUUGACGACCUUGGACCGAAGUUCAAGAAACUGGCUCAGGUGUGCCAGGGCAAAGAGAUCCAACCUGAAUUUAGAGAAGAAUUCAUUCCUGUGCCGAAGGCAAAGGUGACCACCAACACGGAGACCUUUGUCUCAGCUCCGGUAAUUCCUCCACAGAUGCCAGCGUUACCUCAACUGCAGCCAAGUGUCACUAAGAAAGAACAGACUGUGAUCAAGGAGACGUCUCAACAAUCUCAAAUGGUGAAGGAAAGGGUGACCACAGAGAGGGGUGAGAUGGUAAACUCAGGUCAAGUAGUCUUACUGCAGCAGCAGCAGCAGCCUGUUUACUACACCACCACCCCUGUCAUGCAGCCCAUGCACUACAUUGUCCAGCCACAAAUGUCCAACACUGUGCUGCUGGCUGAGGCACCAGCCGCCAACAUGCAAGGCAUGGUCCUGGUCAAUAGUGGCCAGACCGCACCUGCCCAAGGUAUGGUCAUUCAGGGGCAGACCAUGAUGUCAGGUGGACAAUACCCCGGGCAUGGAAUGGUCCUGGUGGAGGGUGGUGGUGUUCAGGCUCUAGGUACCAACCUGAUCCGUGCUGGAAACCUUUCUGGAUCCCAGGCCAUGGUGGUUGUGGAGGAUAAGGUCCCUGCAGGGUCCGUGAAAGUCCUGAAAGAAGGCCAGACAACCUUCAUAAGGGGAGGCACUCUACCAUCUACAUCCCAAAGAGUCAUGGUGGUUGGAGGCACGGCAGGGAGUGGAGGACAACUGGUCCAGGAGGUUGGAGAUCUCUCCAGGCUCAGGGAUUUAUCCGGUUCUCAGAAAGUCCUCUACAGCAAAGGCAGCACAACCAUGGGAUCUCAGAGCAACCUGGUGGGCUCCACCGCCACAGUGGUCACCACCAAACCGUCUACCCGCAAAAAGGUGGUGCACGAGACCAGGGAGGUCGUGAGGGAAAAAAGGGUGAUUUAAGAAAAGACGACUUCGGAUGCCUUUUUGGAAACUCUCUGCCAAGUCAUUGUCUGAGGAUUUUAUUAUGAGUAGGACUCAUUCAUGAGUUUGUCAGUUUAAUGGUGGAGGAUGUGCUACAGCAGCUUCAUGAGGAAUGCACUUUCAUGUGUCUGCAUGUUCCCACUGCAGCUUCUGCUCAAUACAGUUUCCUUACGACAGACUUUGGGCGAUCACCAAAACGAUGAAACUUGUCUGUCGGUCUCGUCGCCUCUGUAGUUGUUGUAGAUAAUGCCUGAAGUUCACAGUCACCCUGAUACCUAAUCAUUCAGUGUACAUGUUGGCAGCCUCAUGAUAACUCGAUGGUUGACUUUGUCCAGUAUUUUGUCUUUUUUUUUAUUUUUUACUAAAUGCACUGAUCCUUCUUCAGCCAAAACCUCAGUUUGUGUUUACUGCUAGGAGAGAUGAGCAUUGAUAACAGAACUGCUAACAUUUGUAACAUAUUGGUCUGCUGUUAGAGGGCAGCAAGGAUUGUCAUUAAGAACAAGCAAGAGAAUCCAAGAUCCGACACAUAGUCGAGCACUAGAAAACUCUUAAUUUUAAAUUUGCUAAAAAUAUCAUUACAAGUACAUGGAAACAUCAACAUUGUCUUUUCUAGAUAGAGGAAUUCUAUCUAAAACUCAAUGAAACUACAGACCUGUGUCCCCUUGAGGGGCCCUGCCCUCUACUUUUGGACCACUUUCACAAGCACUGCCUUCUUUAAUUUAGUAAUUAUAUAAUUAUAUUUGUAAUAAUAUUUGAGGAACACUAAAGCCAAAGAGCACAGUCAAAUGACUCAACCAAUCAGGCGGGACCAAUCUUUCCUGUCAUGGGUUCUGUUGUGUUAAAUAUAUAAAGUCAGAACUCCAGCAACAGAAAUGUGCGAUAUGUUAAGAUCCACUAACAUUCUCAUUUAACACAGCAUCGUACAGAAAGAAUUGAAACAUUGAAAUGUUCCGAUAUAUUAUUAUCAGAGUGGAGUAACAAAUGAAAACCCCAAAUCUACUCUAUGGUACUUACAGGUACCAUAUACUUACAGAAUGUAGUAUACAGUCUGUGUGUAAAUGUAUAAGAUUCACUUUAAACCUGUGGAAGACCGGGGAUGGAGGGGGGUGUAUACAUGUUGGUCUAGGUGUGCAUGUGCUAAUAGUUUAACCAUAAUGUUGUAGCUGCUGUUGACAACAACAGUAACAUCAAUGUCACUGCAUAAUAAACUGUUAGCUCUCCAGGUUGUUAGCGUGAUAUAACAGUUUACAGCUCCUCUGUUUGUUUUUUGUUUCUUUAGGUUGUUUUUUUUGGUGUGACAUUUUUAAAUAAAUCUCUUUCCAUGCUUAUACAUUCUGUGGUAAGAUGAGAAGAAAGAUUCUGGAUUUUGCUGUACAGUUUUGUUUUCGUUUUGUUUUUACUGAGGUUUUUAACUGUUAAUGAUUUAAAUCUAACAGGUUCAAGUCAUGCCCUGUCCCUGUUGAGCAUACCGAUUUUUAAUAAAUAAAUAAAAAUAAUUAAUGC